AUAUUAACUUUCUGUGGUCAAACUCACCCUGCCGGCGCCGCAACGUUGUGGUGCGCGCGCCGCUCGCGGCUCCGUCUCCCCGUCCAAUACGCAAGUCAAAUAGACUUCGUUGCGGGGAACAGUUUUCCACGGCUAAAGGGCAGUUCAAGAUCACAACUGCUGCCGGUUUUACCUCCCGCCGAGUUUUCUAUAAGAUUCUUACAUCACAGAACUGUUAACAUGGUUUGGUCGACUAUUUACGAUGGCAAAUCUGAGUCCGGAGAUAAGCCCUCGAUGCAGUUGGCUACUGCAAAUGUGGGCUCCCACCUGCAGCACAUGUGCGCCUUAGACACCUCCUCUAAGGCGUCGUACGUUCGACUUUCCGGUGUCAUCUGUACCAUCGGGCCGGCUUCUCGCGAUGUAGCCAUGCUCGAAAAGAUGAUGGAGACAGGCAUGAACGUGGCCCGCAUGAACUUCUCUCAUGGCUCGCACGAGUACCACGCGGAGACGAUCGCCAACUGCCGGCAAGCUGAGAAAAAUUACAGCGCCAAACUGGGCAUGCCCUUCUCGCUCGCCAUCGCUUUGGACACCAAGGGCCCUGAGAUCAGAACCGGACUGUUGGAAGGCGGUGGUUCAGCAGAAGUUGAACUGAAGAAGGGCGAGACUAUCAACUUGUCUACUGACCCCGCAUUCCAAGAGAAGGGCACCGCUUCCACCGUAUUCGUGGACUACAAGAACAUUACUAAAGUGGUGAAGCCCGGAAACAGGAUCUUCAUCGAUGAUGGCUUGAUUUCUGUCAUCUGUCAGUCGGUCACUGCAGACGCGCUUGUGUGCAGCAUCGAGAAUGGAGGUAUGCUGGGUUCAAGGAAGGGCGUCAACCUGCCCGGUCUGCCGGUAGACCUCCCGGCUGUCUCCGAGAAGGACAAGUCUGAUCUCAUCUUCGGUGUCGAACAAGAUGUGGAUAUGAUCUUCGCGUCUUUCAUCCGCAACGGCUCAGCACUGCAGGAGAUCCGCAGCAUCCUCGGCGAGAAGGGCAAGCAUAUCAAAAUCAUCUCCAAGAUCGAAAACCAGCAGGGCAUGGUGAACUUGGACGAGAUUAUUGCUGCAUCUGAUGGUAUUAUGGUUGCCCGCGGAGAUCUCGGCAUUGAGAUCCCACCAGAGAAGGUCUUCCUCGCACAGAAGACAAUGAUUGCGCGAUGCAACAGGGUAGGCAAACCAGUAAUCUGCGCCACCCAAAUGUUAGAAUCUAUGGUGAAGAAACCGCGUCCGACGCGCGCUGAAACUUCGGAUGUCGCCAACGCUAUCCUAGAUGGCGCUGACUGCGUUAUGCUGUCAGGGGAGACGGCCAAGGGAGAUUAUCCUUUGGAAUGCGUGCUUACUAUGGCCAAUAUCUGCAAGGAAGCCGAGGCAGCUAUCUGGCAUAAGCAGCUGUUCAUCGACCUCGUCGCUGAAGUGAAGGCUCCCAUCGAACAAGCCCAUGCGGUUGCCAUAGCGGCUGUCGAAGCCUCCACUAUCUGCCUGGCGUCGGCCAUAGUUGUGAUCACCACGAGUGGUAGAAGUGCCCACUUGCUCAGCAAGUAUCGCCCACGGUGCCCCAUUAUUGCAGUCACGAGGCACCCGCAGACUGCGAGGCAGGCGCAUCUGUAUCGCGGCGUACUACCUAUCGUGUACCAAGAUGGCGCCGCCGAAGAUUGGCUGAAGGACGUGGACAACCGCGUCCAAUACGGACUGAAAUUCGGUCGUACCCGCGGCUUCAUCAACACCGGCGACUCCGUCGUAGUGGUCACUGGAUGGAAGCAGGGCUCCGGCUUCACCAACACCAUGCGCAUCAUCCAUGUGGAGUAAGCUAGUCUGGCGAAAACAAGAUAUCUUCAUUUAAGUAUUAGCACAAGAACAAGUGAUAUCAAACGAGAUCUAACAAUUGUUACCUGUUUUAUAUUAUAAGGUAAUGUAUUUAUAAAGAUUAUAAUUUAUAAUAUAACAUAAAAUGUUUUAAGUAAAGAUGUUUUCUCGAAAUCCUUGAUGAUUAGUGCUAGAUAAGUGUAUUUAUUGUGAAUUUUAUUUAUGAUACCAGGAGUAUUGUAAUGAUGCAUGUUGCGUAAUGAGAUGAUAAUAAAUAUUUUAAAAUGUAAUUUUGCCUUAUUCUUUUUAUUACUGACAUC